CCCGGCCUGCGGAGAGCCGGCCACACUGGCUGUCAGACCCGUGUUCAUCUAGUUCGCCGCGCUUGGGCUCACCGUCAUCACUUCUUACAUUCACCUGGACGGGUAGGGACGGACGCACUCAGCCCUCAGCCCGGACCCGGCCUCCGAAGCCGGAUCAGGGAGCUUCGGUCCGGGGACAAACCCCCCUCGAGGACCUCUCCCGGCGGAAUCCUUUGGCCAUGGCACUGCUGCCGCCACUGCCCCCGCCACUUCCGUCACGAACGCAGAAGUCCCUCCCCGACGCCGGAAGCUCCGCGGCCCUGCUUCCGCGCAGUCCUCCUCCACCCCGCCGCAGAGGCGAGGACCUGCUUCCGGCCCCGGGUGGGCGCCGGCUCGGCUCGCCGUGCGCCCCCGAGCGCUGUCCCGGGAGCUUCGUUUCCCCGGACGCCGGCGCCGGAAGCUCGGACCGCGGCCGCGCCAGGAGAGCGCCGGUCCGGGCGCUAGGCUCGUGGGGGGCCAUGAACGGAACCGCGAACCCGUUGCUGGACCGCGAGGAACACUGCCUGCGGCUCGGGGAGAGCUUCGAGAAGCGACCGCGGGCCUCUUUCCACACCAUUCGCUAUGACUUUAAGCCAGCAUCCAUAGACACUUCCUGUGAAGGAGAGCUUCAGGUUGGCAAAGGAGAUGAAGUCACAAUUACCCUGCCACAUAUCCCUGGAUCCACACCACCAAUGACUGUGUUCAAGGGGAACAAACGGCCUUAUCAGAAAGACUGUGUGCUUAUUAUUAAUCAUGACACUGGUGAAUAUGUGCUGGAAAAACUCAGUAGCAGCAUUCAGGUCAAGAAAACAAGAGCUGAGGGGAGCAGUAAAAUCCAAGCCCGAAUGGAACAGCAGCCCACUCGUCCCCCACAGCCAUCUCAGCCGCCACCACCUCCACCACCUCUGCCAUUCAGAGCUCCGACAAAGCCUCCAGUUGGACCCAAAACUUCUCCUUCGAAAGAUAACCCUUCACCUGAACCUCAGCUGGAUGACAUCAAAAGAGAGCUGAGGGCUGAAGUUGACAUUAUUGAGCAGAUGAGCAGCAGCAGUGGGAGCAGUUCCUCAGACUCUGAGAGCUCGUCGGGAAGCGAUGAUGACAGCUCCAGCAGCGAGGGUGAGGACAACGGUCCGGCGUCUCCUCCACAGCCUGCACACCAGCAGCCCUACAACAGCAGGCCGGCCGUUGCCAAUGGAACCAGCCGGCCACAAGGAAGCAACCAGCUCAUGAACACCCUCAGAAAUGACUUGCAGUUGAGUGAGUCUGGCAGUGACAGUGAUGACUAGAGCCAGAUCUUUCAAAAUCAGCGUCUCGGUACACAGAUCUGCUGCCGGACCCGGCUGCGCUCGCAUGGAGCCCGUUGCCGAGAGGGACGUGCUGUGGAUCAGUGACUGUAGCAGGAGUUCGAGGCUCUGGAGGUCUCAGAUACUCAAGUCUUUAACUUAGUGGUGAUGGGUGAUUUUCUCAUGUAAUUUUUGAACAAUCUCAUGUUGCAAAGUAGAUCUAUAGAAGAACUAACAGAAUUCUAUUGCUAUUUGGUUAACACUGUUCAUGAAAAACAGACACAUGUGCCCUGGUCUAGGUUACUCAAAGGCCAUCAUCUUAACCAGGCCAGUGAUUCACUUUUAAACCUCAGCAGCCACCAGUUUGGCCAGGUGGUCUGCACCAGUGAAAUGAAACCUGGUCUUUGAGGGGUAGGGGAGAGAGGGAGACCUCAGACUGCAGCAUAGAAGUAUUUUACAACCACUUUAAACUGUUGAGACAAAGUGGUGAGGAAGUUUUGUCUGACCCAGCUUGACGAGCCUGUGUAGAGAUGGACUUGAGGAGGGAGUCCUAGAGCGGCUGCUGGGCAGGACCCCGGAGCUCCGCGAGUUCAGCCCCCUCACUUACAAGUGAGGAAAGAGAAGCACACAUCUGGUUCGUGGCCCGUCUCCUGCCCCCGCCCCAGCUCUUCCUGCUGCUCCCGCCCUUGAAUCUUAUUAACUGGAACUGGAGAUUCUUGUUCAUGGGACUUCUAGUUGUACGUCAGAGAUUUUAUUGGAUUCCCAAAGAUGAAGUGUUGGGCGCUUCCGGCUCAAAUUCUGAUCCAAAAAGUCCCUAGAUACACGAGGCUGGCUGAGCAGAUUAAACCAGCAGCCACUGUGCUGACACAUGAGAUUCAAUUAAAUUGGGGCUUUUAGUUCCACGUAGGUCCAUACUGAGUGUUUCCCGUUCAGUGAAUUUUAGUAAGGGGAGGUAGGAGUGGGAGAGAGGUGUAGUGAAGGAACCUUUCUGAGCAAAAGAACCAGCAGCAGGCUUCCAAAAACCAGAAUCUAGAUAGGGGUUCUGCAAUAUGAAACGAGCACAUUCUUAGAUAAGGUAUUUCUCUUCAUGCUUUUGUACCACUGUUUGUGCCUGACUCCCAGACUGAUUUGUAUUUUUGAUAAACUAGAAGAAAGUCACAAGAUUGCCUUUUGCAGUGUGCAGUUUCCAAAUGAAUCUGUUGUUACAGGAAACUGGUCACUAGUAAAUGUUCCAUAUUGAGUGAAUGUGUGAUAAAUCAUCCUGUGAUUGGUAUGGAGUAGCCUGUUUCUAUAAUUUGAAUGGAUACAAUUUGAAUGUCCUGAGAAAUUUCCAUUUGCUUUGGUUCAAUGGGUGUUAAGAACAUUGAAAAUGAUUUUCCUUCCUUGGGUUCUUCCACUCAGAGAUGGCCUCUGCUUCCCCAGCUAGUGGAUGGAAGCAGUCUAGACCUGGAAAGGAAUUAGAUGAUUCGUGGUGGGGGCCUUGGUGAGAGUUGCACCUUAUGGAGUCCCCCGUUUCAUAUGCAGUGACUCCAGUGAGCUGGAGAUGUGGGUCGGGAGCCAUCAUCCGGUGGCACACUCGCACCGCCACCCCCCCCACGUGUAGGUAAUGGGGACACACUGGUACUCGGCGGUGGGUUCUCAGCCCAUCGUGAGGUUUCGGU